AAAGAAACAUAUCAUAAAUUAAGUCUUUAUGUUUAUGCUGUGGGGCCGUUAUGAAUGCGUUAAUAAAUUAAUAAAUAAAAAAUUAUUGUUUUGAUACAAAGUAUAAAAUUAAAUGAUUAUUAUAAUAAAAAACUGUUUAUUUUCCGAGUCAUCAAGUACCUUAUUGCUAACAUGCAUAACUCAAUUGGACGCACAUCACCAGAAAAGUCUUGCUCAGAGCUAAAAUACACUUUUGAGUCAACCAAAGAGAAGUCCACCACACAAAUAGCGGAUAUUAAUAAUACAAAGCCACCCUACAGUUAUGUCGCACUUAUUGCAAUGGCCAUUCAGAAUUCACCUCUAAAACGUGCUACACUCAACGAAAUUUACAGCUACAUAACAUUGCGUUUUCCCUAUUACGAAAAAAAUAAAAAAGGUUGGCAGAAUUCCAUACGUCACAAUUUAAGUUUGAAUGAGUGCUUCAUCAAGGUGCCCCGUGAGGGUACGGGCGAACGAAAAGGGAACUACUGGUCUUUGGAUACGCAAUACGAGAAUAUGUUUGAGAAUGGCAACUAUCGCCGAAGACGAAGAAUGAAACGACCUUAUCGUUCAGUUGGACACUUUCCGAAACUACUAACAGACGCCUGCCCUUCGAAAUUGAUUUUCAAUCAUACGCCUUGUCAGACCUACUACAGAUACAACACAAAUACUCAAUGGAUACCUGCACAACCUUUGUCUAGUUACGGUCCUCCUCCAGUAAGAAGUACCUAUCCGAAUAAUUCAGUAGCUAGUUUUUCUCCGCCUUUAUUGGGUGCGAACAACUACAACAGCAUUAUCAAUCCAGAAGGAAUUUCAGCCGAUGGCACAAAAAUGAUGGACCCAUGUCCUUGCCCCAUUUGGAAUACAAUUCCCGAUUUGAUGAUAAAAGAUGAGCUUUCGUCAUCAAGCCCUUGCGACGCUACAUUGAUCACUUGUCAGAAGCAAUUCGCCUUACAUUAAUGUAUAUGACAAAAAUAAUAAGGAAAAAUAUACUUAUACAUAUAUUUAAUUUUAACGAGUGCUAUAAAAGUAAUUGUAUUAUAUAAAGGUCUCACAAAAAAAAAUUAAAUCAAGCAAAUACUAAAUAAAGAAAGAACCUCUGUAUGGAAAAACAAUAAAGAGUGAG